AUGGAUCCAUUCUUAACAACACCUACCGGCAAUCCGGCCCCCGCGCCUACCAUGUCGACCGCUUCAACAAAGUCGGAGGAGUACAUACCCAACUUUUCCGAGCUCCCGGACCUCCACACAGUCAUCUUAGCGGAAGACAAAUAUGGUUACUUAUUCCAUGAUUAUAAGAACCCGUUAACAUGGGCACGGGCCAAUGAUAGAGCCACUUCAACACGAAGUGAAGGAACCUUCGUAAGGGCUCGUACUGCCCGGUCACAGGCUCAAAUGAUCAAAGAAGGAGAUGAGCUCAUCCAACGUGUCGCACCGGAACCCACGCAUCGUUUUGCCGUUUACACAUGGAACUACGACGAGCAGGGCAAUUUGAAACAGACACCGCACAUCACAAAAGAAGAGCUAGAGGCGUGGAGGAAACUCGAUCCGAAAUGGAAGAUUCGCCCCAUUGACCCUGCAGGCAUGCCGCCGCCAAUGAAGAAGAAGCUCAAGGUGAGCCAUGAUGGACAGCUCAUGCCGGGAUUCGACGACUACACGGUAGAUGAGCGGAGGGAGGCGCUCAAGGCGACGGCGCCCGGUGCUUCUGCCAUGAAAGACGUCCUAUGGAGAAUUGACCGGCGGGAGCGCGAGCGACUGGCGAUAGAGUUGCAACAAUCUGAAGCCAAGGUGGAGGUCUUGCAGCACCGUCUCGCUGCCGAAGAGAUCAAAAAAGAGAAGGGAAAAAAGGAGACGAUGGCCUUGCAGAUGGACGAUGGGAUUGCCCAGAAAACAGGAGGGACGAACGUGUUGGAGUUGAGACAGAAGAAGAGAAAACUAUCGACUUGA